UAAAUAUAUGGACUAAAAUAAAAUUCAGUCACAUACUUAUAAAUCCUCUAUUUCUUUCCUGCAUAAGGUAAGUAUCUAUUGGUAUCUAAACACUCAAGUAAGGAUACAGUUUUUCAUAAUUAUCAACCAUGACUUUGGGUUCUGAUGAAAAUUAUUCGGAGACGGGUAAAGCGUUGAUGCGUAUGACGAGGGAGAUGAGCCUAGAAGAGCAAGGGAAGAAUUGCAAAAAAAUUGAAAAAGGUAAGAAUUAUCUGGACACGGCAGUUGGUUUAGCAGGCGUUGCAUUAGGAGUCUUUGCCUUGUUUAGCAUGCCACUGCUAAUCGUGGUCUCCUCCGCUCUAUUAGUUAAUGUACUGAUUGCCAAGGCUUUAGUAACAGACGAGAACAUUGAGAGAGAAUGUGCUGAUCUCCCUUUUAAAGAGUUAGACGCAAAAAUGAAAGCUAGACAAGAAGAAACAGAUAGAAAAAUUGCAGAACAAACUGAAAUUUUGAAGGAAGUGAAUAAAAAAGUGGGACAAACUCUCGACAAAAUAGAAGAUGUUAGAAAGGAAAUGGGCGAUAGCUUUCAGAGGGUAUUGAAUAAAAUCGGGGAUGUAGAUGCCAGCAAUCCAGUUUCCGAAAUAAAAACUGCGAUCGAAUCCAUUUCAUUUGGGGAAGAGAACAAAAGGUUAGCGACUCCUGAGCGUUAUGUUUAUAUCAUCCAGCAAGAAGUAGCAACAAAUUCAGAUUCAUCUCUUUACAAUUACAUCGGACUUCAAGGUAGUCUGCAUAAGGCCAUUUUUGCAGUGAUUAACAAGAAGAAUACCAUCAAACCAAACAUUGCCCUUCCCGGACUCAACAUUGGAGUUACAACCUACGCAUCAACUGUUAUUACUCUCACUCAGCAACUACGUUACAUGUCGGAAUAUGUUUACCAAAAGGGUGAUUUGGAAAAGUUCAACGACUAUUUCAAUCGUCUUAUUUUUGAUUUCAAUCAUUUCAAAUUAAUAGUUAAUGGUUCCUCGAGAAAGCCAGGUAUAAUCGACCAAGUUACUCAGAUGUUAAACGACGCAAAAAGAAGCAAAAGCAAGCAAGAUCUUGGCGAAGAAUUGUUCGAAAAUAUUGGAACAUACAUCACCCAACUUAGUCAACUAAAACAAAAGAUUGCAGCACUUUCAUUACCAGUACUCGAAACCACUCUUGAUAAAAACAUUGAUAUUGAUUUCAACUCUAAAACUGGGUAUCAACGCAGUAGUUCUAACUUUUUAGACUGGAAAAGAGGCACAAAGGUGAGUUACGCGAUGCAAUUCGAAAAAGAUGGUAAGUAUUCUAAAGUUAGUGAUUGGACUUCACCACAGGAAAUAGUGGAUAUAGCCAAUCCAGAAAUUGUAUUCAGGAAAUCGAGCAAUAUGAAUAGAUUAGUUUUCCGAAAAUUUGAUAAUGGUGAUGCAGAAUUGGCAUAUAUCCUCCCUGGCUCAGAAGUAAAAUUUAGAGACGUCCACAGGGAUUUGUAUAAUUUAGCUUUUAAAAACUCACUCAGCGAGUCUCAGGUUUCAAGUAACAUGGAUAGACUCAUUAGAUUGGGAGCGAAUGUUAAGGCAGAGUUUGAGGGUAAACGAACCGUUAUUCAUGCGGCAGCUAUAGCUGGACGAUCUGUUAUGCUAGGUAAGAUAUUACAGAAAGACCGUUCUCUCAUUAAUAAACCAGAUAAAUUUGGCUUCACCCCUCUUCACCUAGCUGCGGAAAAUAAAAGAACCGCUUUUGCGCGAUGGCUAAUUAACCGUGGAGCAAAUGUUAAUUUACAAGGACAGGAAUAUAAAGUGACUCCACUGCAUCUGGCCGUGCGUUACCAUGCCGAAGAAAUUGUAGAAGACCUGUUGAGAAACUCGAAAAUUGACCCAAAUUUAAAAGACAUAGCCGGUCUCACUCCUUUGCACUAUGCUAUAACUGAUGAAAAUUACAAUAAAGAUCUUUUCCUUACACUAAUAGAAAAUGGGAAAACAAAUUUGAAUGCAAAGGAUAACAAUGGAUUAGCAGUCGUACAUUAUGCAACCAUACUCGAUAGAUGGGAAGAGGUAACUGAUUUAUCUACUAAAGACAAAAGAUUUGAUAUCUAUGCAAAGGAUAACCAACAAAUGUUAGCUGUUCAUUACGAUGCUAUGAAAGGAAACAAAGUGGAACAAUUAAUAUCUUCUAUAAUGUUUGAUGAAAAAGCAUCUAAGCUUAAUGAUGCAGCAGGCGAGAAACAUUGGACUCCUUUGCAUUUUGCCGUAUUUUUUAAGCAAACUGCUUGGGUACAGUAUCUGUUAAACUUUCAUGAAAAUGUGGUAUCAAAGGUUAAUGUUGAUGCCAAAGAUGUUGAUAAUCAGACACCUCUGCACUUAGCUGCUGCUGCUGGCUUGAAAGAAAUUGUCAAAGAGUUGCUGGCUAAGGGGGCAAAAGUUUAUGAAAAAACGAAGAAACAAAAUACACCUCUUGAUCUCGCAGUUAUGCAUAAUAGAAAAGAAGUUAUUGAUGAUUUGCUGACAUUUGAAAAAAAUCAAAUAUUGAAAAAUGGAAAGUCUGCUAAAGAAAAUGAUGCUAAGGCGUGUCAAUUAGCAAAGGGAGAGAUGUUAAAUCUACUGAAAAAGAAGAAUCGCUGUGGCAAUUUCCGCCGCUCGAUUGAAUCGAAUUCUAAAAACCCUGCUCCUGAAUUCACUCUUACGGGCAUGCUUGAAAACAGUAAUUUAAGACCUUUGUUAAAUUCGAAUAAAAUGAAAGAAAAUUUGGAAUUGAAAAACAUUAAACCUCUAACACAAAUGGAUGUAAAUGGCGCCUUGCUCUUACUGGAUCUCUUUGUACGGAAAGUGACAAACGAAAAAUACAAUUCUGCAUUGAUUGGUUCCGAAUCGUUGUUAGAUGCACGAGCUCGAGCUUUAAAUAUCACGGAUAAUUUGCAAAAGAUCAUGGAAAUGGCAGGAAAUGGUGGAGAUCUUUUUGACAUUCAUUCGAAGAUUUACAAGGCUAUUAUGAGGGGAAAUGAUUCUAAACUUGUAAAGGAAGUAUGCACUUAUUUAAACGAGUACUCCACUUUGGAACCACAGAAAGUUGAAAAUUUUAUUUCUGCAAUGGUUGAAAAUAAGUCAGUUAAAAUUACCAAGAAAAUAAUUCAAGGUAACUUUGAAAACUUAGUCGCGCAUAUUUGCUUUCAAAAUCACUACUAAAUCCUUUUCUUCUUUAAAGGAAGCCUAGUUUCAGAUAUAAUAACCGAUAACAGAAAAUUAAUACUUUUAGAAAGACAGUUUAGCUAAAUUAUUAUUUGAGAAUUCUUUAAUCCGAUUUUUUAAAAAAAACUGGUUGUAUGAAUCAUUAAGUUUAAUUUUAAAAAACAGGACUUUUACUCCCUCUUUGGCAUUUACUUGUUACAAUUAUUUCAAUAUAAAAUUUCCAAUUCGAUUCCAAAAGUAUUGAACUUUUUAUUUCCUAAAAACUUAUGUGGACGUUAACAUAAAUAUAUACCAAAUUAAUUUAAACAGCAUGGUUAUUCUUUUCAUAAUAGUGCUUCUUACAUCACUAAUAUAUAAUUUUCUGAUAUGAAUGCAUUCAUAUUUGUGAGAAAUGACUAUUUUUGAGUUAAUCAGAGCUUCCAGGACAAUAAAUAAAGACUUGAUAUCCACUCAAGGGAAAUAAAUGUGCGUAAGAUUUUGCGGUAUAAUAAUUUAUAUACGUUUAACAAAACAAAAUAAUUUCAGAUUAUUUAUAGAAAUUGAAUUUUAUAAGAACAAAAUUUUAUAAAAAUAAAAUUUUAAUAUAGAAAACUUCUUUUAACUGUAAAUAGCAAAUGACAAUGAAAUGUAAAUAAUGCUUGCUUAUCCCGUUAUUAUAAGUUUUUUUGGUUAAUUUUUAUUUAAUUAUUUUUGGUUCAUUUUUAUUAUUUAAAUAUAAAUUUUUUGGUCCUCUAUUGCAUUGUUUGUAAUGCAUUACGUAGAACAUGUUUUACUUUACGUUGAACAAUGAAAAAUAAACCUUUAAUUUUUUUUCAAUGCAGAAAUUUGAGUAUGAAAUAAUUUUUACUUGAAACGAUAUAUUUUCAAGAAUACAUUAAAAAAAUAUUUUGAAAUCUUUAUAAAAAAUUUUUAAAAUAUUAUUAAAUAUUUAUUUUUAAGACAAUAUUUCUUAAAAAAAUUACAAAACGUCAACAAUUUAUUGCAUUGUUGUCAUACUUUUCAAUACAUAUGGUUGUUUCUUUUUUAUAAAUAGAAUAACCCAAUAUUUAAAAAAAUAGUUUAUUUUUUAUUUUUUAUCUUCACAUUAAAAGUAUAUUUUCAUUUUAUCUAUUAUGUUGCUAAAAUAUAUUCAUGAAAUAUUAGGAUUAUAGCAAUCCACACAAAAAAUAGCAUAAUACAACAUAAAUAAAAAUUUUACUUUUGUUUAUAUUUAUACAGUUAUUUGAUGUAUUUUUUAUUUUGCUUGAAAACAUUUAAAGCUUAAUUUUUUAAUAGAAUUGCAUUUAAACUAAAUGUAUGUUCAAUUUAAAAAUAUGCAUCAUUUUAAAAAAAACUUGAAAUGUUAUGAUGAAUGAAUGUUUAGUAUUUCUAUUCUUUGUUUGCACAAAAAUAAUUUUUUUUUACAUUAUGAACAGUUUAUUUUGCAAGAACGUUUUUAUAACUUGUUCCUAACUUUCUUAACAACAGUAUUCUUGGGCAUAUGUAUAUUUAGAACUGUCCCUAAAAAGAGACAGAUUGUUCUAAUGAGUUAAUCAUGAAAAGUUUUUUUUAUGGAAUUUAUGUUUCCAAUUAAUUUAUUCUGUUCAUAAUAGAAUUCUUGAGCAUAUGCAUAUUUGCAUACGUCUCUUAAAAGGAACAGUGUGCGCUGAUGGGUUAACAAAAAAACUUUUUUUUAUAAAAUAUAUGUUUCUAAUUAAUUAAUUCUGUUUCUAAUAGAAUUUUUGAGCAUAUACUACAUAUUUAGAAACCCCUACAAAGCGCUAGAGAGCACUAAUAAGUUUACCAUGAAAAGUUUUAUGUUGAAUGUAAAUUUCUUAUUUAUUUAUUACGUUAA